AUGGCAAAACUACGUAAUGUAUACGCAGGUUCUGCUAUGCUGGAGAUCCUGGAUGUGGACCCCAGCACCGAAACCAUUGGAUCUUCGUCCUCCUCCAACGAAAGGGCUGCGGGUGAGCCAGCCAUCGACAUGAAGGCCUUAGCUGCUACCAACAAGGACCCACCCACCAUCGAAGUACAGAGGCCUGCAUCCUUCCCUACAUGCACCACACCGUGUACCAAGGAACACACGGGUGAGACGCUGUAUGAAUGGUUCGCCUCCAAAGCCUCGCCCUUUGUUGAGCCGCCUGUCACCGCCUCUGACCCCGUGGACUCAAUCAACGUGAAAAUCAGCACCAAGUACUUCCUAUGCAGCUUGCCGCCGGAAGGUCUAGAUGGCAUCCUUGUGGGCACAGAGACUGGCGACGUCGACUUAGCCGCCAGCGGCAUGGAGUGCGUGACCACUUCCUCCCUGGAUUCGUCGCAACCUAACUUGCGCAACCAGGCGUAUCUUGUGGAGUACCGGGCGGUUAACAGCAGACAAAUUCCUGCGUCCCCUAAGCGGCUGGUAGUAGUCAUCGCCGAUCCCUGCCAACGCUUAGACGAGUUCUGGUGCUUCAAAGACGAGAAGUGCUCUGUGGCCGGGCAAUGCCUCGGAGAUGAUGUUGGACUUGACAGCAUCGACACCGGAACCAACAGUCGGGCCCUUCGGGAGCAUCGCAAGGACAAAUUUUCUCCGCGUCUCACCUUGCGAGGCUCUGGCCGGGUCGCAAUAAACCGGCAGGGUCAGGCGAUCAUGCUUGAUGACAUAUCGUACGGUAGCACGUGGACCCAUCCAGGUACGGGGACGAAUUAUGCCCGGCGGUAA